GACAUUUGCAUUGUGUGACUCGAAACGUCUUGCUAACUCCGCGUUAGGGCAUUCUUCAAGAAUUGUUGGUUUAGUUACGCCCGAGUGCACUAUGAAGAUGCCUAGGUCGGGUCACAAACGACCGAUAACCGCUGCAAUUGUCCACUAAAUAUCUGUAAAUCGUGUUUAUAACGCGGUUGGCGUCGUGGUGUUUAGUCAAAUUGAAUAUAUAAAACUUUUGAAAAGUGGAAUAAAACCAAAACCAAAUGGAAUAAAAUCAAGGAGGUUUCAAUUGUAUGCACUGUAAUAACAGCUAGGGAAGAUGAUAGUUUAGCACAGCACGUGAAUGUAUACUUUAUCUUUUUGAGGCAAAUGUUAAAGUGUAAGCUUAUGAUAUACGUCAUGGCCUAUUGAAUAUGUUUAGUGUAGUAGUCCUGAAUAUUGACGUAAAAUAAACCUUUGAAACACUCAAUGCUAAUUGCAUAAAUUAUAACAUUUUAUAUGUUUUUAUCUCAUAUGGUGGUAGCUUUUGUCAGAGUAUCGUUGAUAUAUUUAUCUACAAUACAUCCUAUAUAUACCAAAGUAUUUGGUGCGCAUGUGCGAGAACAUGAAAAGAUACAAUUUUUCAAAAGUUGAACUACAUUGUCAUCUUGAUGGGUGCUUUCGGACUGGAACAAUACUGGAAUUAGCAAGAAAUCGCAACAUUAAACUGCCAACGUACGAUGAAAAGGAAAUACAGCAAUAUAUAAAUGUAAAGAAGAGAUGCUCGUUGAAGGAAUGUUUGAGCCAAUUUUUCAAUUUUCUUCCAACUUUUGCAGGUGACGCAGACGCAAUAUCGAGAAUAGCCAAAGAAGCUGUUGAAGAUAGAGCUAAGGACGGAGUAACUUAUGUAGAACUUCGAUAUUCACCUCAUAUUUUGGCAAACUGUGAUGUCGAUCCAUUACUAUUCGCCAAAGAAAGAGGAAGAUUACGCCCCAAAGAUGUUGUGGAAGUAAUAAACAAAGCUGUCAGAGAAUCGGGAGAAAAACAUCAGAUCAAAGUCAGAACUAUAUUGUGCACCAUCGCCGAGUAUUCUCACUGGGGAAUUGAAACAGCGCACCUAUGCCAGGAAUACGCGAACGAAGGAACAGUUGGAUUUGACGUUGCCGAUAUAGAAGGAAUGGAAAAUCAUUUAAAAGACAACAUGGAAAUAUUCCAGUUUUGUAAAAAGAAUGGAAUUCACACCACGGUACACGCUGGAGAAGGAGGACCAGCGGCGGAAGUUCAUUUGGCCAUAGAAAAAUUACAUUCUGAUCGAAUCGGCCAUGGAUAUCGAGUACUGGAAGAUGAAUCUAUUUAUGAAAUAGCAAAAACAAAAGGAAUUCAUUUCGAAGUUUGUCCAAUUUCAAGUUUCUCUACUGCAUCGGUUACCGAGGACUGGCACAAACAUCCGGCAAAGAGGUUUUUUCACGACGGGGUAAAUUUUGGAUUGAAUACCGACGAUCCUGGAGUUUUCCAAUCAACUCUCAUGGAUGAGUACGACAUUGCAACCAGAUAUUGGGGGAUGACUACAAAAGAUUUACAUACUUUGAAUAUUAACGCGGCAAAAUCGUGUUUUCUGGAUGGAGCUGAAAAAUACGAACUUGUGCAGAAUUUGGAAAAAGAAUAUCAGAAUUUCAAUACCGAGUAGCUCGACUCGCUAUAAAAUAGGGAGACUUUUGCCCCGGAAUCUAACUGCGUAUUGUAUGCCAAUGAAACAUCAGUGAAAUACUACUAGGUUUUAUGUUAAAAUGUAAUUGUUGGGAAUCUUAUAAAAAAAACAUGGCUUGUUAUGGGACCCAAUACAUCUGCUGAUCAUGUGUAUAACAAAAUACCGAAAUAUCAAUGUGAUGACUGCAGACUUUACAAAUGUGAGAUUUUAAUGCUAAUUUGGGGUUUUGUAAUAUGACUCUUGUAUAUGCACUGUCUCGAUAUAUUUAUAUAUAAUAAUGAAUUUUGUGUUCCAUGUUAUCUGUUCAUUAUUGAUUGAAGUCCAAAUUACGAUUAAUUUACAUGAUAUUUUGUGGAAAUAGUACUCAUGCCUACAAACAUUCAUAAAGACGUAUAAGAUUAAUAUGAGGAAGAAAAAUAAGCAAACAUUUAUUUCAAUUAGGCUCCUAUUGAAAUCUGAAAUGUCUAAUUAACGCGACUCAUUUCAUUAAACAUUAAAGGCGCCAUUAAAAAAAUUCCAUUAUGGGAAUUUUUGUGGCGCCCACUUUCCUUUGGCGUCCUAAUCAUGUGCUUAUUUUUCUUAAGUCCUAAUGCAGACUUGAUUACUCAUCUUCAAUUUUAUCAAAACCCUAAUUACUUGCUUGAUAUACCCAAACUAAUAAACUUUCUAUGGCCUAGCUAGCUAUACGUAUAAAAUGACUUAUGGGGUGUUAUUGCGUACUCAUACCACGAGAUAUGGUGUUGUUAUUAACAAUGAAAUUGGAACCUCUCUUGAAUAUAGUCUAUUAUUUGGGCAUAGUCAUUGAACUGGGAACAAACUAAUCAAGCAAUAUAUUCUUCGUGAAUAUCAUGAAAUUGUAUGUAUGUAAUUGAUAUUGUAUUUAUUAAUUCUUGACUAGGCUUUGAUAGUCGUGAAAAGCAAUCAAUUAUUUUGACCCUUUUGAAGUAAAGUGUCAGGAUUCACAUGUCGUCUUAUCGUCUUCAAAAUAAGAUAGGCCUCUGUAGGCUGUGUUUUCUAUAUGCGACACUGUAGCGUUAUUUGUCAACAUAUGGGGUCAUCAACUGGCAGUCGAUAGAUAUCAGCCUAA